AUGACGACGCCAAGAUCGAACCCUGAAACACCGAAACCUCAACGUACCAAUACUCGCCGCCGCUUAAGUUUAACCACCUCACCCUCAUCUCCAGCCUGUAAACCACGACGUCAUAAUAAUGAGAAGGAUAAAUCCAAAUGGUCUAUUCCCACACUCACCAAACCAACAGUUAUCAUUGGAUCUUCCAACAUCAGCAACAUCCCGUUCCUACAUCCAGAUACCCAAGCCGAAUCUUACCCUGGUGCCCGAAUUCAGCAUAUCAAUACAUUACUCUCCAAGAUCACUCCAACAACCAUUCCGAAAAAUGUGUUAUUUCAUGUUGGCCUAAAUAAUAAACAGGAAUCAGGAGAAUCCAUACACAGAAGAAUGCUGGAACUCCUCAAACUUGCCAAGUCGAAAUUUCCGUCUGCUACCCUUUACGCCACACAGAUUCCUUCCUCAAAGGAGCUACAAUUAGCUGAACCUCAUUUAGUCAAUAACCUCCAGAAGUUCAACAGUUUACUAUAUCAUAAACCGUCUACCAAUGCCCAUACUAUUCCUCGCUUCAAUGGAGUGGUCAAUGUCAUUUCGGAUAACAUCCACUGGAUGUCCCCCACUGCAAAAAAUCUACUCAAUUUUCUCUUUUCAACGAUAUUUGACAUGGGUGGUUUAAUACAAAAUUGA